GACUGGCUUAGGAGCUAUUGUCAUCUGCAAGAUUAAAAUGGACCAAAAGUGGAUUCAUAUUCUGGCGAUUCUGGUGUUUUGUCUAAAGAUUACUUCAGGAGCCGGUGAGGACAAAGCCACACCGGAGGGGCAGCUGGUUGAAAUCCAUUGUCAGCCUAAGACGACAGGCAGCAUGAUCGUCUGGUUUCGAGUGUUGGACAAAACUGGCAUGGAAUUCAUUGGGUCUUUCAGCAACACUGGCAUUGUAAAGUCAUCCCCAUUAUCUCCCAUCUUCAGUUUCUCAAAGAUUAUUCAGAAGAUCCUGAUACUGCAGUCAUUCAACAAAAGCCGUGACAGCGGCAUUUACAGCUGUGCGUCUCUUUACAAAGGCAACGAGUUAAGUUUCGGCAAAGUAACUCGACUGUUCGGAGAAAAAGCACCACAGGGAGCACUAGUGCCCACCAGCAAACCAACUCUAUGCACAACUGCAGCUAUCCCGCCAUGUGUGUGUAACAAGAAGAAGGAAGAGAAAACCAAUCCUGACAUGUACUGCCCUCUAAUCAUACUGGGCCCACUGGCUGGCGGCUGCGGCCUUCUUCUUCUACUCCUCAUCAUUACCACCCUGUACUGCAAUAAAAUAAGAACACGGAGAUGCCCACAUCAUUACAAAAGAAAGCCGCAGACAAUGGCUCCUGGAAAACAAAUGAUGACCAACAGACACGCUUCUUGAAACUGCAAUUAUUUUACAGUGAUGUCUUUUCAUCUCGUUUAUAGUUUGACAUUCACGGUAAAUAUUUUACUGCCAACUUAAACUGUUUUAAUUGUUUGUGAUAGAGAAUAAAGCGUUUAAAGGGGAUUAAGAAUUCAACGCAUAAAAUAUUUUCAAAGCUCUUUGUCUCAUUGUCAACAUCCAGUUUUAGCUGCAUUGUGGUUUGAUGGGUGCGCCAUAACAUUCAGACUGAACUCUUUUAAUGAAAUAAUGUGGUAUGAAAGCUCUAUUCAUCUAGUCCCCGUGAAUGUUAAUAAUAGAAACCACUGACAUCCUGAGAAUAUUAGAAGUCAGAUUUAUUUGUGUGCAAAAAAUGUAUUUAAUUUUGCUUUUGUAUAGAUUUCAUCUUCAUUUACAACCUGUUCUUUUGACAGAGCAUUUUUAAAGCAUUUACUUUUUUCAGCAUUGUGCCCGUACAUUGAUUUUUACCUACUUACUGUACUUAACUUGCUGUUAGUUUGAAAAAAAAAUGCAGCGGGAGGAUAACUUCAAAUGUUUAACAUUCUUUAAUUUUAUUUUUUUAUGUAAGAUUUUGAUUAGUUUUUUUUAUUUCUCCAGAGUAGCAAAUGUAAUUUUUUUAUUUUUUUUAUUUUUUAAAAUUGGAUGUACAAUAUUGUACAAUAUAUUAUCUGAAUUUAUACAAAUAAAUAAAAUAUAAUACCACUCAUUCUUUAUCAACUGCAAUUAAUGUACUCGUCUUUACUUAUGUAUUUCUUAUUGCAUUUUAUUUUUCUUCACACGUCAAACCCACUCACUUGCAUCUCCAUCAGUCAUUCAGGGUCUCGACACAGAAAAACAGUUUGACGUCAAAUUGGAGCAAAGUUGUUUUGUUGUAAGCCCCCCCUGUACAAAAAGGAAGUGGGCUGCUACAACUGUAUGCAAAAUUCAAAACCACAAAGUUAAGAGAAGAGAAAAAACAUUUCAGAGGAGAUUCUGUUCACGUUUAGUUUAAUACCAACACAUUUCACUUGCACCUUCACGAAAGUUUAUUGAUUUCCGGCACAUUUGAAGGCAGUCUAUGUUGGUUUGGUUUUUGCGUCUCAUUUUAGGCACCGAUUGUAAAGAUCAGAUGUUACAUAUAGAAACUACACUGAUCUUAUUUUUAAAUUUUUUAUUCAACUUGUAUUUUAUUUAAUUUGUAUUCCCACAUUUAAAAUAUCUCUCAUAUAACUCACACCCACACAAAACCUUUGACAUGGAAAAAAUAAUUUGGGGAAAGUAUAUUGAUUUUUGACUUUACAGUUGAUAGCCCUUUCUAAAUGAUACAGUGUUGUCUUAUAUUGAGCAAAACAUUUUUUUUUACAGUACAAACAAGGGGAGUUUACAAAGCUUGUAACCACCUCUGUUCACUAAGUGCACUUCUGGACACCAGCAAAUUGUUUUUCUACACGGCCAAACACAUACAGACCCUUCUCAGAUAUUUCUCUACAGAAAGUAAAAGGCAUUUGCACGAAGCUCUCGAAUACAGAAUUAAGCUGAACACCUCCUGGAAAUCCUCCACAUAUCAUGUAAACUAUGUCUUGUCCAAAAUAAAAGCAAACUAAGCUGUACACUAGUGUCUUAAUGGCAUCUGACCACAUCAUAAUAGAAAACUUGGCUUUUCUGUGUACAUCAAGAUUGCACAAACAUC